GUCUCAGUGUCGGUGGAUUGCCCGGCAGGCCCGGGACGAACGCAUUCCCAAGGCGCUGGGGAAGGGCCUGGGAAUCGAAUUAUGAAAUGCGGGAGCGUUCUUCUUCAUGGGGAGGGUUUGCGAGGAAUCUGGACCUAAGGAGGAGAAUGGGCGAAUUGGGCAGAGAGAAAAGGAAAUCCCGAGGAGCUAGGGCACGCGAUUUAUAGGAGGCGAUCUUAACGGGCAUACAGGCAUUUUAAAAGAAAUCUGAGAGAUGCAAUGGAGUCUCACUUUUCCAAGCAGUAAGGAAUGAUGCCAGCAGCAAGCACGCGUUGCAUUCCUAUUUCCUUCUCUUCCACUCCUCACUGCUGGACUAGGAGGGAGAUUUGCAAGGCCGAGAUGGUUUUCUUUUACUCGUGUUUUGCAAAUAGUACCAGCGUUUACAAGGUGGCUGCCUCCUUAGGGAAAGCUACAUCCAAGGAAUAAAUUAUCAAACCGUAUCUUUUUUUUUUUUUUUCCUGUUUUCAGAGGGAAGCAAGAUUUGAUUUGAGUUGGCAGUCUUCAAGUGGGGACAAGUUUGUAUUUUAGCUCUCCCCAGGCGUCUUAGAAGGAUGUAGGGAUCCGAUUUUGUGCUCUCAGAAUGUGUUGAUGUCUGAUAAAAGCGCAUCUGAAUUUGUAUCAAUCUAGAGAAGGCAGCUGUUUAUUAAGAGAUAAGAGUCUAAGACGUUUUUUUCUCCUAGACUAGAAGGUUCAUUCAAAUGAAUGGUCAGUGAGUAAUUCCGGUCGUGAAAGUAAAGCCUGUUAUCAAAACAGUGGCCAAAUAUUAUUCCAGAUUGGAUGCAUGAAGUGAUUUGAGAGCAAGGAAGAAGAGAGGAUCAAAGCUUUUCCAAAAAGGAAGAGAAUGCCAAAACAGUAUAUGAUGAUUUGCUCCUGUAAUAGUUUGCUAGUAGUUCACAGCAAAUGUUUUAAUUAAAGCAUGGAAUAUGGAAAUCAGCAGAAAAACUAAAAAAGCUAGUGCUUUAGUCUCAUCCGAAAUUCUGUGGUUUUCCUAGGUUCUCUCCAGACCAAGUCAUCUUGUUGCCUCUUUUCACGAGCUCUGUCACGUGGCUCUUUCAGACUGCCCACCCCUGGGUGCAGAGGCAUGCGUCUUAUAAGCAGUAUAAUGGCAGAAUUUUAAGCCACGUUGAGAAUCUCUUUUAGGAGAAAUUUCAAGCAUUAUUUUUGACUACUACAUACUACUGACUGUUUGGUUGGUGAAAUUGAAGAUCUUUCACUCAGAAGAAAUAAAUCAAGAAGGAGAACCUCAGGCUCGUGUGCUUCUGAGCUGCUGUGGAUGGCCCUGGCUCUCUUGACCACUCUUCCGAGUAGGAUGUCACUGAGAUCCCUCAAAUGGAGCCUCCUGCUGCUAUCCCUCCUGAGUUUUCUUGUGAUGUGGUACCUCAGCCUGCCCCACUACAAUGUGAUAGAACGUGUAAACUGGAUGUACUUCUAUGAGUAUGAGCCAAUUUACAGACAAGACUUUCGCUUCACACUUCGAGAGCAUUCAAACUGCUCUCAUCAAAACCCUUUUCUUGUCAUCCUGGUGACCUCACACCCUUCAGAUGUGAAAGCCAGACAGGCCAUUAGAGUUACUUGGGGUGAAAAAAAAUCUUGGUGGGGAUAUGAGGUUCUUACAUUUUUCUUACUAGGCCAGCCGGCCGAAAAGGAAGACAAAGUGUUAGCAUUGUCCUUAGAGGAUGAGCACAUUCUUUAUGGUGACAUAAUACGACAAGAUUUUUUAGACACAUAUAAUAAUCUGACCUUGAAAACAAUUAUGGCAUUCAGGUGGGUAACUGAGUUUUGCCCCAAUGCCAAGUACAUCAUGAAGACAGACACUGAUGUUUUCAUCAAUACUGGCAACUUAGUGAAGUAUCUUUUAAAUGUAAACCAUUCAGAGAAGUUUUUCACAGGUUAUCCUCUAAUCGAUAAUUAUUCCUAUAGAGGAUUUUACCAAAAAGCCCAUAUUUCAUACCAAGAGUAUCCCUUCAAGGUGUUUCCUCCCUACUGCAGUGGGUUGGGUUAUAUAAUGUCCAGAGAUUUGGUGCCAAGAAUCUAUGAAAUGAUGAGUCACGUAAAACCCAUCAAGUUUGAAGAUGUUUAUGUUGGGAUCUGUUUGAAUUUAUUAAACGUGGACAUCCAUAUUCCAGAAGACACAAACCUUUUCUUUUUAUAUAGGAUCCAUUUGGAUGUCUGUCAACUCAGACGUGUGAUUGCAGCUCAUGGCUUUUCUUCCAAGGAGAUUAUCACAUUUUGGCAGGUUAUGCUAAGGAAUACCACAUGCCAUUAUUAAUUUGACAAAAGCCUAGAGAAAGGAUACUCUGUGGAAAGUAUUAAUAUUACUGUAAAAUGUCCAAUGGAAAACUCAUGGGAAGGUCAUUGUGUUGAGUUACACUGAACUGAGACUCAUGAAGAACGCACAGACUGGGGACUGGAGGGUCACACUUUGAUUUACCUAGACCAAAACCAAGUCAGGCCCUUUAAAGGUGAUUGUAAGAGGAAUUAAACACCUUAUAAAGGAAUCGGGGAUUUUUGUUAAUAAAACAAAUAGGACCAAACUAUUUGAACGUGCCAUUCUGUAGGCUAGAACUUGUUAAAAGGGUUUCAUUGAAUUAUAAGCUCAUUAGUCCAUAACAUCGAAGCAAUGGGGAGCUCUACUCCUUGAGCAGUCUAGUCUGUUAAGGGUUUUGUGUAUAUCUGACAUGGAUUACCAGUUUUUAAAAAUACAUAGUUCUGUGUAAAAAACUGAAGUUACACUGAACAAAAUUUCAUCCGUUUUGGUCAUUCAGAAGGUACUUCAAGAUGUUACAGCAUUUCACAGUUAUGAAUUACUAUUUAAUAUUACUUAGGACUUCCUGGUGUUUGAAUGUUAUGGUUGUUUCAGUACUGUAUAAAGCAAAUAGUGAUGCACCCUUAUCCAUUUGAACUUUUUCCCAGUUACCUCACUGAUGAGCUUAUUAUUUCAUAGCUCCAUUAAUGUAAAGACAUUGGUAAUUAUCACAUAUCAGUAAUCUCUUGGACUUUGAUAAAUAUUUUACUGUGGUAAUACAGAGAAGAAUAAAAGCAAGAAGAUCUGAA